AUGACUGCAAAGAAGAAGGACAGCGGCAGCAAGGAUGUGUCUGACAUGUUCCUGCUCAACACAAAUUUCGAAGCUUGGACAUGUGAUCAAUUGGCAGAGUAUUUCAAGCAGAAAACGGGUGAUCUGGGCGGUGACUAUUCGGAGUUGAUUUUCAAUCACAAGAUUGACGGCAAAAUUGCCCACCGGCUCAAAGAAUCGGACCUGAAAGACAUGGGAAUUUCCAAUGUGGGAGAUCGUCUACGAAUCAUGCAGGAGAUUGAGAAGAUUGAAAAAGCGUACGAGCAAAAGAAGAGAGAGCAAGUGGUCUGGGAAGGAAAGGAGGUCCUCUUCUUCAACUGGUGGGAUCGGGCUCUCAGCACUUGCUGUGGCUGUUUUCCGGAGGAUGCCAGCACCUACAAACUGACAGGGGCUCAUCUUGUCAUCAAGACUGUCAAUCCACUCCGUUGCGGACCUAUCCGUUGCUGUUUUGGUACCAAGUACACCAUUGACAAUGUCGAUCUUUCCAACGUGACAGAUGUGGAUGUUAAGGGGGUUCCUCCCAGCUGCUGCCAGCAGUGCUGUUGCGGGGCCACUCAGGAACAUGUCUUUGUCAAGACCAAUGCCGAGGCCACAAAAGUUUUGAAACUCACCAAGGAAGAAGGAUCGAGUGUGUCACGGAAAAUCCUCAACCAAGUGGAAUUGAUGCAGCGCAUGGAGCGAUCAUGA